AUGGACCAGAUACGCCGUCAACUCGUCAAUGAUGCCACGGAUGCCUUCAUAGCGUCUAUUGAUUGCUCCAAAAUCUGCGACCUAGCUUCUACCUUCCACCCUCAAGGCAAGCCAUGCCGUGUCUUCUGCGAGCCAAAGAAGGGGAGUUAUAAUAUCUGUUUCUUCAUUGUCUUCCUUUCAGAUGAAGGUGAUACAAAUGAAAAAUGGGUGAUACGCAUCCCAUUAACUCCACGUCUAGCGUUUCCAGAGGAAAAGAUGCGCAGUGAGAUAGCUACAAUGAAAUACAUCACAUCAAAAACCUCGAUCCCAAUUCCGCAGCUUCAUGGCUACGGCUUCAGCCAAACUCACCCUUCUGGUCUAACAUUCAUGUUGAUAUCUUACAUCCCUGGUGAUCGCCUCUCUGACCACAAUCUCCCAACUCUCAACCCUCCCCUCCUGUCCCAUCUCCAUACCCAGCUCGCAGAUAUUUUCAUACAACUCCGCCACUGCGAAUUCCCCCACAUCGGCUCCCUCACUCUCGACCCUAUCGAUGACCGGACCCCGAUCUUUGUACAUAAUCGCGCACUUUCGAUUGAUAUCAACGACCACGAACUGGAAGGCCUAAGUCCAACAAGCAUUAUUGGCCCAAGCAAGAUCUAUAGGACCGCAAUCGAUUACAUAUAUGCGCAAACCCAGCUACUCUUCAAUCAGUUCGAUAAGCAGCAAAACAGUGUCUACAGCGAGGCGGACGCCCGAUAUCAUCUCUAUGGGUUACAUCAGUUUAGAAGCAUCCUCAUGGGUUGGUUGAGAAGAGAGUAUAAUGAAGGACCGUUUAUAUUAAUGCAUGGGGAUUUCAGGACGGCAAAUAUCCUUGUUGAUCAAAACCUGAAUAUCACAGGUGUACUUGAUUGGGAGUGGAGUAGGACAGUGCCAGUGCAGAUGUUUCUGCCACCUACGUGGCUAAGAGGGGGUGAUAUCCGUGACUUGCUGAGUUUCCGAGGCCUAGGGUAUGGGAGUUAUUUGGCAGGCUUUCGAGAUGUGGUUAAGGCAAAAGAGAAAGAAAUGCAUUGCCAAGGAAGUGGUGGUGAGGAGAAAAUACCGUUGUCAAAGCUUUGGGAUGGGAUCUAUAUCCUCUCAAAUUUUCUUAUUGGGCAGGCACUUUUACGUUUAGAUGUCGCUGGGGAUGUUUACUGGGACGCUCUCGAUCGUCGUUACUUUGGUAAUGACGCUGCAGCCAGGGUGGAGUUGUUUUAUGAAGUGCUUGCAACAAGCAAUCAAAAGAGGGUAAUAGCAAGGAAAUUGCAAGAGUUGGAGAUGUAUAACGCCGAAUUGAAGGAGCGGGGUUUAGAGGAGGAUAAGCCCCUUGAGCCGCUUAGAGGAUUGCCAGCCGAUAAAGUCCAGGAACUAGCGGAGCAUCUAAGGAAUUUCAAUAACAGGGAGGAAGCUAGGAGACAUGAGUUUUGUUCAUGGGCAUGGUUCAGGUCUCGAGUGGGUCUAGAUUGGAGGCAUGUUAUUUAA